UUUUAAUAUAUAAGGGAUAAUAGGAUUUCCAUUGUUAAAACGAAAAAUCCACAUUAAAUAUAUAUAAAAGAUUCGAGUAAUAUAAAAGGAAAAUGGGCUAUAUAUCCAUUCACUCCAAUAAUCCGAUCUAAAAAAUGGCUAGUUGAUGGCUCGUAGAAGGUUCAGUCCCGCAAAGAUUUCUAAAAAAAAUAAAUGAUUGUUUUGAAGAAAAUAUGAUAUAUUCUACGAAAUUAAAGGUUAUACGCAUCAUGAUCUCAAAAAAUAACCUAUAUUAAAAAUAUAUAAGGAAUUUAAGUACUAUAAAAAAAAUACUUGAGCUAUUCCAUUUAGUUUUAAGUUGUUAUUGUUAACCAUUUAACCAUGCAAAUCAAUGUUAAGAACACUGCUGAAAAUAGAAGGUAAAUUGCACUCUAUAUACAAAGAAAAUAUAAAUUCACUGACUAACUAAAAAUUUUCUUUUUCUCCUAUUUUUCCUUCAUUUUUCUCUAUAUUCUCUCUCUCAUAAUCUAAUUUUCUAUUUGUGGUUAUUUGGCAAAUAAAUCCAAAAUAGAACACUUGGGUCAAAAUGACAUAUCCACGUUAGUCCAAAAAAAAAAGGUAACAUAUUUACGUCGUAUAUAUGAAACCUAAUUGUUUUUAAUAGUACUUUUAAAUUUUAAAGUUUCCUGGUUAGUGUAAAUUUUGUGUAAGCAAACAAGACGUGUAUCAAAACGGUACUAUCUAUUGCCAGCCGAACGAUUUAUUCAGGAUUCUAGUUUGAAGAAGUUUUUAUUAAAAAGGGGAUGUAAGCAAACAAGACGUAUGUGCACAAAAAAAAAAAAAAAAGCAAACAAGACGUGUAUUAAGUCAAUUCAUGUUUUUUUCGACCAGUGUUAUUUAUGUUUUCUAAAAGUGUUUCUUACGGCAAAAGGGUUUAUUUUUAGGUUAUAAAGUAAAAAGACGAAAGAUAUUUUUUUUUACUAUCAGCUGAAAACAAAAACAAAAUAUAUUAGAAAAAAAGAACUACCUAAUAGUUUUCUUUUUCAACCAAAGUACGCUGAAUUGUUCUGUUUUAAAUUUCCCCCUGUUUUUGACAAACCAGUGAGACUUUGUCAAAGAAGACUGCCCCCUAAUGUGAAAAGGCUAUAAACAUUUGAUGUUAUUUUAUGGAUUGUUUCUAUUAAUUUUAGAAUAAUCUAACAACAAUUAAACUAUAUUUGAUGUGUGUCUUAAUCAAAAGAAAUGUGAUGUGUGAUAAAUGAAUUAACAAACAGAUAUAUUAUUGGCAUACUAGUGGUAAUAUGAAACAACGUUAUAAAAUGUUCAAUAGGACCGAAUAAACUUCUCUAUGCUAAGUUACGUUCAAUUACAGCUCACAAUAUUCCUGAAUUAAUGUAUGAAAUAACUAACCAAGUCAUAUUUUGUUAAAUGGUUAUAUGAAACAAAUCUAAACUAUAAUAAAAGGCGGAUACUAAGCCUCGUGAGCGUAUCCACGUCAGAACAAAAAAACACCCAAUAAGCUUAAAGUAUUCUGCCACAUCAUCAGACAAGUUACGGUAUUUAGGCUCAAAAUAAUAUUUUCAUAUAAUCUUUACAAAAGCCAUUAGCCCAUUAAAGCCCAGUAUCGAAACUCUAAAUUUUAUCACGCGUUGCGAUCAUUUCGUCUCCCUCUUUUCGUUUUCCUUCUUCUUCUACAUUUUCAUCGAUCGAACGACGUUUUGUCUCUCCAUCUUCACUGCAACCGAUCUGUAGAGUAAUCAAUUGUCCGUUUAGGUUUGAUUGAUGGCUUCCUCUCUAUUUAUUUAAAAAUCUCUUCUUUCAUGUUUUUUUUCAAUCAAAACUCUCUCAAUUUGUUAUCGCGAUGAAUUCGAACGGGAAAGCCAUAGUCUCCGACGAUCCGAUUUAAAGAAACCAUCAGGUUCUUUUGAUCAAUUGGUGAAAUGAAGUUCGUGAUACCUGCAUAAUCAGAAAUUCCCUGAGAAAAAACUGUGUUUGCGUUUUGCGUUUAGAAAAACCUACAUCUCCGGAGAUAAAUUGCCUGUGGAUGAUGUGAAGGUUUACGUUGCCGUUGUGGAGAAACCCAGCGAUGCUUUCCCCAGUGCUAGCAAGUGGUACGAUUGCCUUGCUUACCAUCUGCUAAAAAGUGGAUUCGAUACUAGACAAGGAUGAUUACACAUUGGAAGAGCUACUUGACGAGGAAGCAAUCAUCCAAGAAUGCAAAGCUUUAAAUAGCCGUCUCAUUCAUAUUUUAAGGGAUAAAGCUCGAGUGGAGCAACUCUUGCGUUAUGUUGGUGACAUGUUCUAAGUUUCUGCUUGGAAGAAAUCAUAAACUUAAAGAUGGCACCUGCAGCUGAUGACGAUGAUGACAUGGAUCCUUUUGGUGAUGAGACUGAGGAAGAAAAGAAAGCGGCAGAGGAGAAGGAGGGUGCUAAGAAGGACACCAAAAAGCCCAAAGGUUCUCAUUCUCUAUGGUUUGGAGAAAGAAAAAAAGACAGAGAAACUGAAGGUUAUCAGUAUCAAUCUUUCUUGAGGUAAUAGUAUUAUCACUAUGAUUUGCAAGAGAGGGUGAAACAUUUCUCUCAACGAUUGAAACUAAGGCUGUGCAAAAUUAUUGACUAUCACUGUAUUCUUUACGUUUGGAAAGGAAGGAGACAUAGGCUGCAAAACUUGGGUUAUGACAAGAUAUUCUGAUAGAAUAUGCUCUCUAUGAUGAAAGCCUAAUGGAAAAAAAGGUACGUCCAUAUUUUGAUCUUCAGUUUCAUUAAUUUUUUUUUUUAUCAUAUUCCUUGGUUCAUGUUGGGUUUGCUGGCAAGGGAGGAAGAUGAAAAGCGCAGCUGAUCUCACAAGAAGAUUGCUGAAAGCUGAGACAGAUGUGCAACCUGAGGCAUUAAAAGUUUUUUGUUCUUUGGAUUGCACAGUGGUAAACCUCGAAGAUUUGUAUGGCACCCUAGCUACUACACUGGUAAACUUCGAAGAUUUGUAAGUUGGAAAUUGGAGUUUCUUUUUUUUUUGGGAUAUACAAAGGGAGAAUGCUCAUCUUUUAUUAGAGUUAAAAUUUAUAAAUUUGUAAAUGUCCAGAUGACAAUGAUACAUUUUGUCAAAAGAUUUAUGGUAUACUAUCCCCUGUUUUCAUGCGAUCUCCAUUUUCUUAACUGAUGGGACUAUGGCUGUCUAAAGUAGCGUGACGAGGUAACUCUGAAAGUUAUAAACGUAUAACUUACAACUUACAAGCAUGGAUGGUGUCUACAAAAAUAAAGAGUCGAAAAAAACUUACACGAAAAACCAGCCGUAGAAGAUGAGAACAAGGAAAAAGCUAACAGGGACUGUAUAGAAAAUUGAGGUAGGGACUCCUCAAAAUAUUUCUCUCUCAAAAUCUUUGUUUGUAUAAUAGUGUUAUUAUUCGUUUGAUCUUUUAAUAUUUCUUCGAUUUGAGUUACUAUUUAGAUGUGUUUCUUGGUGAUCGUACAUGUUUUGGAGAUACCUAAUUAGAGCUUUAGCGAAUCCCUCCCUCCUAUUCUGACAUGGGUAUAUCUGCUCCAGGUAUUUCAUAUGCUAACUUGCAAUUGUAUGUUAUAAUGUACAUAUUCUAACUAAUUGAUAAAGCACAAAUAGUUAUAUAAUAUAAUUAUUUAUGUUUGAUAUAUCUAUAUUUGUAAUUGUGAUAUAAAUAAUUAAAGUGGUUUACAUUUUUUUGAAAAUAAUGUUUCAUUUUAGUUAUAUUAUAAAAAUAAAAAUAAAUGAACAGUAAAUAUCAGUUUUAAAAUAAAUAAAAACUAUUUAAACACAUACUAUUUAAAAUUACAAAACAAAAAAAUUAUUAAAGAAAUACAUUGAUUCUAUUAGAAAAUACCAUCAAAAGAGAGUACUAAACAUUUUUUCUAAACUUAUGUCAAAACAUCAAAAUAGUAUAUAUAAAAAUAAAUAGGUGACGAAUAUAUUUCAACUAAUAAAAUUUGAAACUUAAUAUAUAAGUUUAUUUCUUUGUAUAGUAUUGGUAUUAAAUAUAAAUAAUUACACAAUGUUAUAAAAUACACUAAAAUUGAUUUCUUAUAUUUUGUCAAGGGUGAAACAUUUCUCACGAGAGAUCCUCUCUCCGCACGUAAUUUUAUAAAACUUAAUAAAAAUUAUAAAAAUAAACUCAACCUAGAUAUUCAUAUAACAAUAAAUAAUAUUAAAUUUAUUAAAAAAAUUUAAUACUAUACAAAAUAUAUUUAAUCCUAUUUUCCGAGUGUUUCAAAAAAAAAAAAAAUCCUAUUUUCCGCGCGUAGCGCGGACGAAGACUCUAGUAUCCUCUAAAAUGGAUAAAGAAAUUAAGGAGGUACUUUGAUGUAUGAAAAAUAUGAAUUACUUCAACUAUAGAAAUAUACAUAUGCGUUGUCAUAUAUGGACGUGUCGUUAACCUAUAGUAUAUAAUACAUAAAAGUACUUUGGUAUGUUAUAAGAAUGCGGAUAUGGGUUAUCAUGCUUGUAUAUAAAGAUGCACAAAUGUAUACAUAAAUGAACAAAAAAUAAGUUGGCUUGGAAUAUGAUAAACGGUGGGGUUUCUAAACUCGAUGAAACUAUUACAAAAUGCAAAUCUUGCAAAAGGUAAAACGAGAAAAAGGUAAGAAACUUUUCUCUCUUGUAUGAUUGUAUUUUUUUAUGAAUUUAAUCUAUCUCCCAUUAUUAGGUGCAUUUUUAGACGAGAAAAGGUCAAAUAGGAGCCUAAUUCAUCAAAUCAUAAUCAUGACAUCCUCACAUAGCAUACAGAGGAAUAUAUGCACCUAAGAUUUUUCAUCAUUGCUCCUCCUAAUCAAUAUAUUCCUUUUUGUAUUCCCAAAACAAUACAAUCGUAUAAAUAUUUGGGUAGUACAUCAUUUUGUAAGAAAUAUGAAAUCUUAGCUAUAAGAAAGUGAUAGAUGUGUGUAUUCCCAUCACAUCUCCAACCAUUUUUUCCAUGGAAAAUGAUUUCAGAAUUUAAAUAUAUAUAUAUAUAAUAUUUAUAUUUAUAUUUAUAUUUAUAUUUAUAUUUAUAUUUAUAUUUAUAUUUAUAUUUAUAUUUAUAUUUAUAUUUAUAUUUAUAUUUAUAUUUAUAUUUAUAUUUAUAUUUAUACGUGAAAAGAAAAUCUUGUAGAAAACGCCAAUUCUAGAGGUUUGGAUUUGUUUUUGGGAAACAAUGAUUACAGAAUGGUGCAGUUAUUCCUCUAUAUUCUUUCAAAUUCUUCAAAUAUCACAUAUAAGGAUUUUUUUUUGUCAAAAAGGUAAAAGUGCUCGACAUGUAAUCUUCAGUUCAUAGAUUUCAAAACAUGUAUUUUGUCCAACAGAUUGUAGUGCCUCUGUAUAUGUAAAAUAACUAGAAUUUGGAUUUCAUUAAUUAGUAUUUUGUAAACCGUAACAUAGUUUUUUUAUCUACGUAAGCAACACACCAUAUGAACGCCGUUUCAGGGACGUAGCUGGACGCCGUUACAGAAGCUGGCUGCCGUUUAAGCGACACGACGUUAACUCGCACUAUCUCUCUUCAUCUUUCUCUCGAGUGCCCUGACGCGUUUUCUCCUUUCUCUUCUUAUUUCAUUUUUCUUUUUCGUUCACAUCAACAAAAUAUUCCAUUUUCCUUUCUAGACGACAUUAGUUCAAAAUAAUGCAUUCAACCUCACUCUAUUUUUCAUUCUAAAAUAGAAUUUAAACUUUAGAAUAAAAAUAUUCCAAUGAUACUUUAUUUCUCAUUCUAUAAUAGAGUUGAAUAACUUGUUUUUUUGUUCAUCACUAUAUUUUUUACUCUAAAAUAGAAUAUCAUUGAUUGAUGUAAAUUCAAACUCUAUUAUAGAGUUACUGUGUUCUAAAGUAAAUAAUAGAGUAAACCAUCGGAGAUAGUAACACAUAUUUAUCUCAUGCAAUUCGUAACAACCCUCGUAGGCAACUAAAAACACUUAUAUCUAAAUUAACUUUUACCCUUUAUUUUUAGACAAAAUUUAAACUGAAAUCAGCUGUUUCUGUAUUGUAAAAAGGUUAAGUAUAUUGCUACAGAAUAAUCAGUGUUUUACACACACACACACAAAAUUGAUCUUAAGAGCGCAAAAUCAGAAUAAUCUUUGUUUGGAAAAGCUAAGUGUACGACACUGGUUCUACCUAUGUAGUUUUUUCACCAGAACAAAUGAAACUCUUUUCUUUUUUUGAACUUCAGAACAAAUGAAUAUUGUUAUAUCGAAGUGAAAGUUGCAAGGCCAUUAAGAGAGUAAAUUGAUAUUUUUAGUCAUGCAGCACGUGUGAAUUAGUUAGUAAAAUCUUGUAACAUCAACGGCCUAAAACUUUUACGUAAUACCGUCAUACCAAAAGGACACUAUAUACAAAUUUAUAGUAAUUUUUUGGUUGCUCUGAUAUCGCAACAGAUAAUAGUCCUAUAGAUAAGGCAUCGUAAACACACAAAAACAUAGAGUUUACUAUAUGGAUAAUCCAAAUCAGUGUUAAAACUUUUAAUUACAAAUAAUGGGAAUUAAAAGAUGUGAAUCUUAAACAAAGCCAAAUCAAUUGGACCCACCUGCAACUUUCUUUUUCCAACAUUUAUAUAUUUAUCGAAACACACACAUGGAUGGAUUGGCUUGUCAUAACCCAAAAUCGAACCAAAUAUCCACCAAACCAAAAAAAUUCCCUCUCCUCUCUCUUACACACAAUCUCAUCUCCUUCAAACUUUUGCGUCUCCUUCAAGCUUUUGCGUGAAAGAAAGAGAGAGAUGAGUACGAUAAACCAAGGAGUAAGCUUGUUCGAUGAGCCACAAAACAUCAUAAACACCAAUAAUACUAACACUCUAGGUUUCUUUUUCUCUUUCCCUAAUCACACAUUAUCUUCGUCAUCUUCUCCUUCUUCUCUUGUGUCUCCGUUUCUAGGUCAUCACUCCUUCAACUCAUUCAUUCACAAUAACUCCCCUUCCUUUGUAACUCAUCCUCGAGAUCCCAUCAAUCCCAUGGCGAAUCUCCCAGAAACCCUAAUCUCGGUCUCCUCUUUAGCCUCAUCAAAACAAAGGCAUGAUCAUGAUGGUAUUGUUAACCUUGAUCAGCAUCGUCUUACCGGUGAAAUAUCAUCCCAAAGACCGUCUUUAAAUCCAUGGGCAUGGAGUAGUCAAGCAGGAUACGAAUACAACAAGAAAAAUAACCAUACAAGUGAGAUUGAUGUUGAUCAUAAUAUUGAUCAUGAUGGUUGUGAUGGUGAUGGCAGUAAUGAUGAUGAUGAUCAUCAACAUCAUGAGACUCGUCGCCACAAAAUUAACACGUCACCAUUGGGAAUAAUGUCUACUCUGAAGAUGAAGAAGCCUAAGACAAGAAAAAAAGUGAGGGAGCCUCGGUUUUGCUUCAAGACACUAAGCGAUGUUGAUGUCUUAGAUGAUGGAUAUAGAUGGAGAAAAUAUGGCCAGAAAGUUGUCAAGAACACUCAACAUCCCAGGAGCUAUUACAGAUGCACACAAGAGAAGUGUAGAGUGAAGAAGAGGGUGGAGAGAUUAGCAGAUGAUCCAAGAAUGGUAAUCACUACUUACGAAGGACGACAUCUGCACUCUCCUUCUAAUCAUCUCGACGACGAUCCUCUCUCCUCGUCUCACCAUUCUUCUCUCUCCAACUUUUUCUGGUGAUGUUGUAUUUUUUUGAAUCAAAAACUAUUCCAUCGUGCCUCGAAUUAAUCAUCGCUAUAGUAAUCAAUGCCUUCAUAAAACAAAGGAAAUAGUAACUACAUAUACGUUCUCGUUAAGAAAAGGUACGAUGAUGUUUUUAUAUGUAAUGUGUUCGUGUGGUUGUUUAGGUUUGUCUCUUGUAAGAUGAUUAAUGUACCUUUUUCAAUCUGAGGAUUAUAUAUGUGAAUGUGUCCGGAGGGUGGAGACGACUUGUUAUUUGUUUCUGAUAUGAUUGGAAGUUUAGAGCUUGUAUACUUUGACAAAAUUAAAAUUUUAUUUAUUUUAAA